AUGGGAGAACCAGUCGUCAACGGCGAGAAAGUCCAUUCUCAAUUCAUCAACCACUUGACCUCUUACCCUGUCGUCUCAGACUCCAUCUCCAUGUUCAAGAGCAACCCCUACGGUGCCAAGUCCAUCGAGUUCGCCGACCACGGCUACGACCGUCUCGCCAAGCCCGUCCUACCCUACUUCCAGACUCCUUUCAGCUAUGUCGCUCCCUACCUAGAGCAAGCCGACUCUCUGGGAGACAAGGGCCUGACCAGCAUCGACUCCCACUUCCCCAUCAUUCGUGAAGAUACCCAGAAGAUCCGCGGCACCAUCUACAACACUGCCGGCUACCCGGUGCGUUUCGCAGGUGAUGUCAAGGACCACGUCUAUGAUGUCUACGGUGACGAAUACAAGAAGUGCGGUGGUGACGGUCUCGUGGCCUCGGGCAAGGCGGUCAUCACGACCAGCUUGAUGCUGUCGCAGGAGUCGCUGGCCUGGCUCAGCACCUGGCUGCAGAAGUCCAAGGCGGAGGCUAAGGAAGUCAUCAACGAGAAGACCAACAGCCACUGA